CAAGCUCCCUCUGCUUGUAUGCAAUGCUAGACAAACUUGCGUCUCUAUAAAAGGGACAGGUGAUUAGAAGCUAAGUACAAUCCGGUGCAAGCCGCCAUCACCUCAUGGGAUAUCUUGCUCAUCUUUAAACAGCAACAUGAAAAUGAGAAUUUUGUUACUCUUAGCCGUAGUUGCUAUAGCCAGUUCAGCUCCCCAGAAGCCGGAUAAUCAGGUCAUAGCUAUACUGAAACAGGAAUUCGAUCAACAGCCUGAUGGAUCUUAUGUAUACAGCUAUGAAACCGAAAAUGGCAUUAAAGCUGAUGAGACAGGAACUUUGAAGAAGGCCAGCAGUCCAGAUACCAGUGAUGUCAUUGUAGCUCAGGGUGCAUUUAGCUAUACGGCUCCAGAUGGCACUGUGAUUAAUCUGAACUACAUCGCUGACGAUGAGAAUGGUUUUAAAGCUGAGGGUGCCCAUUUACCAACACCUCCUCCGAUUCCACCAGCAAUCCAAAAGGCCUUGGACUACCUGGCUACUCUGCCACCUCCACCACCCUCGAGAAAUUAACCCUAAUAACUGAAGCCAACGAUGACGUUACGCGACCCUUACACAUGAUUUAUGACUUAAGCCUGUGCCACUUUGGAAACACGUUACCAAAAUGCAUGAUGUUAAUUGUAUAAAAUAAAGUUGUUGAUACUAUACAGCCUGUUUACAAAAUGGCACCUCAUAUUUUUAUACUCAGAGCAAUGAAAAAAAAUAUAAAAAUGUAUGCUCAAUGUUCGAUCUGUGAUAGAAACGAUUCACAUUGAAUGGAACAACCAAGUUAUUUAUUAUUUAUUAAAUAAAUGCAAAAACAGUGCCAAAGAUGCAUUGCGAACAGA